UGUGUUUUUUAUCGGGGGGAGAAAAAAAAACCUCUCUACCCCGCCCAGCCUGUCAACAGCGGCCGCAGCAUGUGGGUCCUCACACCCUAUGGUUCAGACAAUAUGUGGAUGAUAUGGACAAUAGGACCACGGUAGGAGGCCAUAACAUCACGUAAAGUGAGGAAAUCCAGCUGCGUGCUUGUGUAUCCAUGCACGUGUGAAUACAGUCUGUGAAUUGUCUGCUUGUGUGUGUGAGUCAACGUGGGACGAUGCCCGGUGUUGAGAAGAGAUUGAUGGUGCAGCGCAGCCUCACCUUCGCUACAGGUCUGGUGGAGUGCCUGUGUUUUGCCGGGGCUGUGUUUGGAUGGGCUUCGCUUGUUUUUGUUCUGAAGACGGAGGGAUACUUCAGCUCUCUGUGCGUCAACGUCACACAAGUCAAUGGCACAGCUUUAGAUUGCAGUGGACAGGAUGAACAGUUCUCUCUCGUUUUCACCAUUGCCUCCUUUAUGAAUAAUUUCCUCACACUGCCCAAUGGUUUCCUCUUUGAUCGGUUUGGGACCACUGUGGCUCGGCUCUUUGGAAUAUUUCUUUACACCAUGGGUACCGUGAUGGUGGCCUUCUCAUCCUCAGUUCUGUCCAUCCUGCUCUUUCCAGCUCUCUCCCUCCUGGCUGUGGGUGGCAUCUUGUUCCUGAUGACAAACAUGCAGGUAGGGAAUCUGUUUGGCACUCAUCGCUCCACCAUCAUCACUCUCUACAAUGGUGCCUUUGACUCUUCCUCAGCACUCUUCCUCGUCAUCAAGUUGUUAUAUGAGUCUGGCAUCUCUCUCCGUGCCUCUUUCCUGGUUCUGUCUGCCUGCAGCGUCAUUCACUUGCUCAGGACUUUUUUCCUCCUGCCCAAAAAGUUCAUUCCCUACCCGCUGCCUGAAAGCUACACAUACGGGAUAAUCUUUGGUAAAUCAAAGAAGCCAGAGCAGACAGUGGCGAAUGGUAACUCACAGACAACAACAGAGGAAACGCUGCUCAACAAGGACGUCCCUGUAAAACAAGAGAAAAGUUUCCGUGAGUGUUUGCUGUCCAGGUUAUUCUUGUGGCACCUGGUCUGGUUGUCAGUGAUGCAGCUCAGACAUUACCUGUUCAUCGGCACACUCAACCCCAUGUUGCAGCGGCUGACGGAGGGAGAGCCCUCACUGGUGAGCCGGUACAUCAAUGCGUUUGCUUUCACUCAGCUGUGUGGGGUGCUCUGUGCUCCUUGGAAUGGCCUCAUUAUGGACAGACACAAGGGCAAACCCCGUGCUGCAGGAGAGAGUGAGCAGGAGGCAGACCUGCGGGCCGCAGUGCUUUCUCUCUUCCUGACGGCACUGCAGUGUGUACUGUUCUCAGUUUGUGCCUCCACCCCGUACCUGCCGCUGCAGUACCUCACCUUCAUCCUGCAGGUGGUUAACCGCUCCUUCCUCUACGGUGGCAACGCAGCCUUCAUCAGCAUUGCUUUCCCAUCAUGUCACUUUGGGAAGCUGUACGGCGGGGUCAUGGCUUUGUCUGCAGUGUUUUCAUUGCUGCAGUAUCCCUGCUUUGCCCUGGUGAAAGGAGCUCUGAAUGGAGAUCCUUUAUAUGUAAACAUUGCUCUGACGGUGCUCAGUCUGCUGGCCUUCAUCCAUCCCCUCUCUGUUUACUUGCACUGUCGAAGCCUUGCCUCUCAGCGAGCCAAGUCUGCCUCCACUUCAAGUCUGUAAAAUGACAUUCACUCUUAAAAUGUCCUUCAUGUCACCAGUGACACUAAUAGCUCUUUAUCUGAUUAAUAGUGCUUGUGUUGCCAUGUGUUGCCCAAUUGUGGAGUAACAUCAAGCGCUUUCAAGUUGAUUUAAGAUCACAGUUAAGUGUGGUUUUAUGUGCAGUCAUA